CCACAUCCCAGUCUGACUCCCGGCCUGGCCUCCCUCCCCUGCUCUGCUCAUUCCGGGCGCCUUCUCGCCUCCGCCACGCGCCGCGCCAUUUCAUCGAGCACCUCGCCGGCGCCACCGUCCACGCGCCGCCGGGGCUCCACGCCGGGACGCCAUGGGCUCCAGAGCCCUUCAGUUAGACGUUUCAGCAGAUUCUGAGGCCUCUCCUAGGAGAAAUGUGCCAGGGAGUGUAACUAGCCCUCUCGUCAAUAGUGAAAAGGGUGUAUUUCGGAAUCAGAAUGCAGGCUUCACCACACUUGCAAGUCCUGUGAGGAGAGAAAUCGGAAACAGAUCUAUGGCAAGAUCCUUCUGUGUUGAUGACAAUGACUUGGAAGAUGGUAAGGCCUCAAAAGAAAGAGAUAGUUCUUUACAGUUACACAAGCUUCCGAAGAUACAGAAUCAGGCUCUUCUAUCUGGUCUAGCUUACUGCAUAUCAUCAUGCAGUAUGAUUUUAAUUAACAAAUUUGUUCUGUCUGGCUAUGGUUUCAAUGCUCCAAUAUUUUUGAUGCUAUACCAGAACAUUGUAUCAGUGACCAUAGUUUCCACACUAUCCCUCUCUGGUGCUAUUCCAACUGAACCGCUGACAUGGAACCUAAUCAAAAUUUGGUUUCCUGUGAAUAUCAUAUUUGUUGCAAUGCUGAUCACAAGCAUGUUUAGUUUGAAGUACAUCAAUGUUGCAAUGCUGACUAUAUUGAAGAAUGUUGCCAAUGUCCUGACUGCUUCUGGGGAAACUUAUUUUUUCAAGAAACAACAUGGUGUUCAAGUUUGGAUUGCUCUUAUGUUGAUGAUAAUUUCUGCAGUUGCGGGAGGAAUAACAGAUCUGUCAUUCCAUGCUGUUGGAUAUACUUGGCAGACCUUAAACUGUUUUCUGACGGCAUCAUAUUCGCUUACAUUGCGGCAUGUCAUGGACAGCGCUAAACAAGCCACCAAGUCUGGGAAUUUGAACGAGCUCUCAAUGGUGUUACUGAAUAACAUUCUUUCGCUGCCAUUGGGAAUUAUUCUUGUUCUUGGUUUUAAUGAAGUGGAUUACCUUUUGGAGACAUCUCUCCUAAGGAUGCCUGAAUUUUGGCUGGUCAUCACGGUCAGUGGAGUUUUGGGGCUUGGAAUCAGUUUUACCUCAAUGUGGUUUCUUCAUCAGACAAGCGCGACUACAUACAGCCUUAUAGGCUCCCUAAAUAAGAUCCCCCUCUCUGUUGCUGGCAUUGUUCUUUUCAAUGUUCGAACAAGCAUGCAGAAUUCGUUGAGUAUUCUGUUCGGUCUAUUGGCAGGAGUAUUUUUCGCAAGGGCCAAAUUGCGAGAUAACUCACCAACCUAGAUUUUGGGCAGGCUUUAUAGUGUGUAGAUGGCACGACUUGGACAAUCAACACAGAAUGUUCCCUCAAACUCUCUCUCUGGGAAAUUUGUGCAGAUGCAAUGGUUGUUUUCCCACUUGACUAGGCAAAGGGGCAACAUUUCUAACUAGGCGGUUAUCCUGGGGCUCUCCGGUUCCUUUUUUCCAAGCUGACCUGGACCCCCAGCUGUUGCUUUUGUGGUGGUAUACGUCUUCAUUGUUGUGUGUAACGGUGUAAGAUACAAAAACGGAUGAAACCGAAAUCCCAGGCAGUUUCGGAUAAAAAGCUCAUUCAGUCGGUAUAUGUUGUAAAAUUACGGUGGUUGGAUCAAAGGGGCAUGUACAUUCUCGAGUACAGCAAACUUGUUUGUUGUU